AAAUGAAGGACGGCACGGUCCAGAAGGCAGGAGAAUAUAAAGAUUACGCGGCGGAUAAGGCGAAACAAACGGCCGAUGCCACGGCUGAGAAAGUAAGAGAAGCUAAAGAUUACACAGCUGAGAAAGCGAAAGAAAUGAAGGACGGCACGGUCCAAAAAGCGGGAGAAUACAAAGAUUACGCAGCCGAUAAGACGAAACAAACAACCGAUGCCACCGCUGAGAAAGCAAGAGAAGCUAAAGACAAGACGGUGGAGUACAGAGAUUACACGGCUGAGAAAGCGGGAGAGGCUAAAGACAAGACGGCGGAGAAGGCGGGGGAGUAUAAGGAUUACACGGCCGAGAAAGCGAGAGAAGGGAAGGACACGACGGUUGGCAAGCUGGGUGAGCUGAAGGACUCGGCCGCUGACGCGGCUAAGAGGGCUAUGGGUUUCUUAACGGGAAAGAAAGAUGAGGCUGUGCAGAAGGCGGAGGAGACUGGGCAGGCUGCCAGGCAGAAAGCAGAGGAGACUGGGCAGGCGGUCCGGGAGAAGGCUGAAGAGACUGGCCAUGCCACCAGGCAGAAAGCGGUGGAGACCGGGCAAGCCACCAAGGAAAAGAUGUAUGACAGCAAGGAAGAUGUAAGGAGGAGAAUGGAAGACAUGAAUCUCAAAGACGAGUAUAACCUUCAGGAUGAAGGUCGAUGGAAGGAUAAGACUGGGAGGGAAAGUGGGGGAAAGAGUGGGGAAGGAGUAGGGCUGUUUGCUGGAAUGAAGGACAAACUUCUGGGUACGACCGGGCCGAGGCACGACGACGAGAAACCAGCAGCGGGGGAACCGAGAAUCACUCGGGUGGUGGUGGACGUGGAUGAGACGCCGGUGGGGAAAACGUCAGCGACUUUGAAGGCGAGUGAUCAGAUGACGGGGCAGACGUUUAACGACGUUGGCCGUCUCGAUGACGAAGAGAUAGCAAAAUGGAGCCCUUGAUUAAGCUAUACAUAUAUAUGAUGCAUGAUAUGCUAGCUAUACUAGUACGUUUGGUUGGUUGUUAUGUACACCGAUUUCCUAUCGGCUAGCUGCUCUGUUUCUGUUCAAAUUAAACUUGUGAUCUUUUCUUUCUUCAUAAUUCAACAAUAAUGCGAUGUAUGUAGUAUGUACCUCCGCUUAUAUUUACUCCGUAUAUGUAUAUCGAUCCCAGAUGUUUUCGUUAUUUAGUUGAGUGAUGAAACGACUGAAUACGUGAUGGUUCAAUUUCACUUUCAAUCCAAAGCAUAAG